ACCACGCAGAGCUCAUCAGCACAGGUAACAAUGCAGUCUCCUGAGAAUUGAAAAAGAGCUCCAGCAUGGACCGCACGGGAGGUACUAGAUCUGAUCGCUGUAUGGGUAGAGGAUUCCAUGCUAACAGAACUCCGUUCCAAAAGACGAAAUGAAAAAACAUUUGAAAAAAUUUCCAAGGCCAUGAGGCAGAGAGGCCACACCAGGGGCUCAGUACAGUGCCGUGUGAAAGUUAAGGAGCUCAGAGAAGCCUACCAGAAAACCAAAGCAGCGAAUGGAAAUUCCAGGGCAGAGCCAAAAACAUGCCACCUCUAUGCUGAGCUGCGUGCAAUUCUAGGGGGGUCCACCACCACUACCCCACCCCUGUCCGUGGAUUCCGAGGUGGGGGGUGGUAAUCGCAGCCAUGGCUGAGGAUUCUGUGGAUGGGGAAGAUGAAGAGGAAGAGGACGACGAGCUUGUAGAAAGCACACAGCACUCAGUUCUCCCCAACAGCCAGGAGCUUUUUCUCACCCUGACGGAAUUACCCUCUCAGCCUUCCCAAGCAGCUAUCCCAGACAAUGAAGCCAUGCUGCAAAUUUUUCAAGUCUCCCUCCUCCAUCCCGAAGGCUAUCUCAGAUAAGGCGGUGGGGAAAAAAAGACGCUAGAAGAAAUGUUUUCGGAAAUCAUGGAAGUGACCUGCAAUGAAAGAGCUCAUCUGAAUGAGUGGAAAGACAUGGUAGCAAAGUACAGGAAAGAUGCCAGUGACCGUGAGGACAGGAGGGACCAAGGAAAUUGUUUUGUGCCCGCCUCUGAGAUUAUUGCUGUAGAAGAAACUGAAAUUGACGAGAAGCAGCGUAGUAGUGGAAAAUGGCAAAAAAUGGCAAAGCCGCAUGCUUUCACAGUAUAUUACGUGAAAAGAGCACAAAAACACCGCUGGCGGUGCAGCGAAGUAACAUUUUGGUGCAUUGAUGAGCAACUGUGUAACCAGUGGAUACAGGCACUUAAAGAAUUACUUGAGUUACAGAAAUCUAGACCAAAGCAACUCCUUGUAUAUAUUAAUCCAUAUGGAGGAAAGCGGCAAGGGAAGAGGAUCUAUGAACAAAAAGUGGCUCCAUUGUUUAGUCUAGCUUCCAUCUCCACUGAUGUUAUUAUAACUGAACGUGCUAACCAUGCUAAGGAUAACUUAUUUGAAGUUAAUAUAUACAAGUAUGAUGGUAUUGUUUGUGUUGGUGGGGACGGAAUGUUCAGUGAAGUGAUGCAUGGUCUAAUUGGAAGAAUACAGAAGGAUUCUGGCAUAGAUCAAAAUAAUCCCAAAGCACCGUUAGCCCAGUGCAAUCUAAGGAUUGGCAUAAUCCCUGCUGGUUCAACAGACUGCAUAUGCUAUGCAACAGUUGGUGUCACUGAUCCAGUAACAUCAGCACUACAUAUUAUUGUAGGUGAUUCUCAGCCUCUGGAUGUCUCCUCCAUACAUCACAACAACACAUUUCUUAAGUACUCUGUGUCACUAUUGGGUUAUGGUUUUUAUGGCGAUAUACUAAAAGACAGUGAAAAGAAGCGGUGGAUGGGUAUGAUCAGAUAUGACUUUUCAGGUUUCAAGACGUUUCUCUCUCAUCAUUACUAUGAGGGAACAGUUUCCUUUCUACCAACAAAACACACACUGGGAUCUCCAAGAGAUAAGAAAAGAUGCAGAACAGGGUGCUUAAUUUGCAGGCAAAGUAAGCAACAACCAGAGGAACCACAGAAAAAAUAUGGAUUAGAACAUAAUGAGGAUGAAGGAGGAGAAGAUUGGAAGGUUAUUAAAGGAAAGUUUCUGGCCAUCAAUGCAGUCAAUAUGAGCUGUGCCUGUCCACGGAGUCCUAAAGGCCUUUCACCAGCAGCUCACUUGGCAGAUGGCUCUAGUGACCUCAUUCUAGUUCGCAAAUGCUCCAGAUUCAAUUUUCUAAGGUAUCUCGUCAGGCAUACAAACCAAGAUGAUCAGUUUGACUUCACAUUUGUAGAGGUUUAUCGGGUAAAGAAGUUUCAAUUUACAUCAAAGCAUUUAGAAGACAGUGACAAUGAUGUCAGGGACGUAGGAAAGAAACAUUUUGGCCAGUUCUGCAGAGACCAUCCAGCUUGUUGCUGCAAUCUUAGUAACAGCGUCUGGAACUGUGAUGGAGAAACUUUGGAUAGCUCCACAAUUGAAGUUAGGGUUCACUGUCAAUUAAUGAAACUCUUUGCAAGAGGAAUAGAGGAGAACUCUAAUGAUGAAGCUAUUUACAACCAGAGUACAGUUGAGCAAUUACUAUAGAUAUCCUUCCACACAGGUUAAAAAAAAGUUAAAGAAAAUUACUUGAGUAAAUAUGAAUUUCAUUCAAGUUAAUAAAUAUUUUAAAAUUGGAAAGCAUUUUGAUGGUAAAAUAUUUAUAAAAUUAUAUUUUAAUUUCAUCUGUGUACAUUUUUAAGGAUUUUAAACCUUCUCUGAGUCAUCAGGAGAUAUUUCAGAGAAACAACCUAAAUUAUGUGUGUGGCAGGAAGAGGAUUAAUUGGCUUACAUUUUCAUAAUGACUGAUGUUCAUUCCAUUUUUAAAGAACUAACUGACUGGCUGUGUUGCAAUAAUAAUUAUAGAUGUGUUAAAGUAGUGUGAGUACUUUCCACUGAAAUCACACCUUUAGAGGAGAUCAAAAUGAGAUAUUUCCAAUGUCAGUUUGAAAAGAUCUGCCUUGCUAGAAUUAUUCUAUAGCUGCAUGUGAUUAAAUACUGGAAAGUAGUGAUAUAUCUUCAUUUACUUCAUCUCUAUUUUUGGUUAAUCUUUCAUUACUUGAUUCUGACUGUAUCUUGCAACUUAUCAAUGCAAUUCAAAUAUACAUUCCUGGCUUAAGUAAUAAUUUUAAGAGUUUAGAAGUAUUUUAGUAAAUAAAAGGCACAUCUGUAUAUAAAGCAUAUCUGAUUUUACAUACUGUAUUUAUAAACUCCAAUGCAUGGAACUUUGUGGGAUUAUAAAAGGCUUUUGUGAACUGUUUGGAUGAUACCAAACGGCAGUUGAAGUAUCUGACAAGCAGCUCAUAGGGGCAUUUGUAAUACCAGAAAGGCACAGGCAAGAGAAAAAUUAUAAAUAUAUUAUAAAGCACCAGCAAAUUCUACAUUUUUAAAGUAUUUUAAAUUAAUACACAAAAAGGUUCCCUCCUAGCAAUGACAAUGGCACAGUCCUUUGGUGAGUCCAUUAUACAAGGUGAACAGGUGGCCAAAUGUUCAUCUUAAAUGUGAUUUAAUUGACUGAAAGGUUUUAGGUACUUUUAAUUAGUGAAAUGUGGAAAAUUUGCUGUGUGAAGUCAUGGGAAAAACUGACCUUUGAUAGAUUACAAAUUCACUGUGUCAAUUGCUUGCUAUUUUAGCAGGGAAAAUUGAUUAUCCUGUACAGAUAUGGAGUGAUUAUUUACAUGUGUCUAUUAAUUUGAGUAUUAACACUUUGUGCUAAAGUCAAUAUAGAUUUUGGGCUGAAUUCUCUUUUAUCAUUCCAGUCUCACACCUACAUAAUGAAGAUCAGAAUUUAGCACCCUCUCUCUGUGUUGCCUUUUGAUGAGCGUAUGCUUUGCUAUAAAAUGUUCAGUUUGUGUUUGUUUUGUGUCUGAACAACUAACAGUACCAUAUUUACAUAACUUAUUGAAACUUCUGUUGUGUAGCUGCAUUAGUUUUCCUUUUCACACCUGUUUGUAUUGUGUAAACUUUGAUAAUUUUUCAUUGUACUGCUGACGCACUUGAAGUACAGUUAUAGAUGGCUGAUUUUUUUUUCCAAUGGAGGCAAUUACGUUUAAGUGUAAUUAUUAAAUGGGGUUCUGUAUCAUUACUGUAAUGCUAUUUGUACUGCAGUGUUCUGAUAAAACAUAUGCAAAUGAUUUUCCUUUAAAAUACAGCAAUAGAACACUUAGACUCUA